AUGGAGCUGGUGCCAGCCACAGAGACCAUGGUGUUGGAAUUGCGAAGGCUUGAGGAUGGAGGCCCAGGGACUGAUUCUACCAGUGGUGGCAGUGGUGGAAGUGACAGUCAGGAAGAGGCUCAGGAGGGGAGCAGCAGCCCACAACCACCAGCAGUCUCUGCCUCAUUCCAGAUCAGUACCAUCACUGAGGAAGCCCAGCUGGGGCAUCAGGAUUUGCAACAGUCAAAGCAGCAUCCAGAACUGCAACAGCCGCAGCAUGAAGAGCCCCAAGAGCAGCAAUCACAGAACCAACCAGAACUGCCACAAGAGGAGCAGGGGCACGAUGGGCAGAAGCAGCUGUCUCUGCCACAGCAAGAACUGCAGGAAAGCCACCAAUCCACACAACACCAUGAACUGGAGACCCAGCUGCAGGUAAUGCAAGAGCAGAGCCAGGAGCAACAGGAACAGCUCCAACAGCAGCAAAGGCAGCAGCAGCAGCUGUCACUGCAGCAGCAAGAACAAUUACAACAGCAGCAAGUGCAAGCGCAACAGCUGUUGCAGGAGCAGCUACAGCAGCAGCAGUUGCAGCAGCAGCUGUUGCUGCAGCCACAAGGGCAAGACCUCUUACAGCAGCAACUGCUCCAUCAACAGCAACUGCUCCAGCAGCAGGAGCAGCUGCAGCAGCAACAGUUCCAGCAGCAACAGGAACAGCUUCAGCAGCAGCAGCUGCUGUUGCUGCAACAGCAGGAGCAGUUACAGCAGCAGCUACUGCAGCACCAGCAGCAGGCACAGCUGCAGCAGCAGUUCCUGCAGCAACAGCAGGCACACAUACAGCAGCAGCUGUUGCUGCAGCAACAGCAGCAGGCACAUAUGCAGCAGCCGCCGCCGCCACCCCAGCCUCCACUGGACCCAGAGGAGGAGGAGGAGGUGGAACUGGAGCUCAUGCCGGUGGACAUGGGGUCCGAGCAGGAGCUGGAACAGCAGCAGCAGGAGCUGGAACGGCAGCAGGAGCUGGAGCGCCAGCAGGAGCAGCGGCAGCUGCAGCUGAAACUGCAGGAGCAGCUGCGGCAGCUGGAGAAGCAUCUGGAGCAGCAGCAGCGGCUGGAGCAGGAGCAGCUGGAGCGGCAGGAGGUGCAGCUGGAGCUGACCCCGGUGGACUUGGGCGCGCCGCCGCCUCAUGAGGUGCAGCUGGAGCUGACCCCGGUGCAACCGGAGCUGCAGCUGGAGCUGGUGCCGGCGGCGGGCGGCGGCGGCGGCGGGGCGGGCGUCCCGGGAGCCCCCGCCGCCGUGGUGGUGGCCCCUCCGGGCUACGUGGUGCUGCAGGAGCUCAUGGUGCUGCCCGCCGCCGCCGUGAGCGCGCCGGCCGUCGUGGCCAUCCCGGGCCCGGCGGGCAGCGCGGCGCUGGCCCCGGCCCGGCAGCGGCGGCGGCGGCGCGCGCGGGACCGGCCGACCAUCUGCGGCGAGUGCGGCAAGGGCUUCAGCCGCAGCACGGACCUGGUGCGGCACCAGGCCACGCACACGGGCGAGCGGCCGCACCGCUGCGGCGAGUGCGGCAAGGGCUUCUCGCAGCACUCGAACCUGGUGACGCACCAGCGCAUCCACACCGGCGAGAAGCCCUACAUCUGCUCCUACUGCGGCAAGCGCUUCAGCGAGAGCUCGGCGCUGGUGCAGCACCAGCGCACGCACACCGGCGAGCGGCCCUACGCCUGCGCCGACUGCGGCAAGCGCUUCAGCGUCUCCUCCAACCUGCUGCGCCACCGCCGCACGCACUCGGGCGAGCGGCCCUACGCCUGCGAGGACUGCGGCGAGCGCUUCCGCCACAAGGCGCAGAUCCGCCGCCACGAGCGCCAGCUGCACGGCGCCGGCCGCCCGCGGGGGCUGGGUCUGCUGCGCGCCCCGCCGGCCCCGGGGCCCGCGCCCGCCGACAGGCGGGGCGGGGCCGGCGGGCGGCACUUCCGGUGCCCACGCGCCGCUGCCGCCGCCGCCGCCGCCGCGGAGCUCGCAGCCGUCACUUUGUGUAGCGCGGGCUCCGGCGGCCUGAGGCGCGGGCCCCGGGCUGCCCCGGGCUGGGCCCGUCCCGGCGCGCGCGAGUCCAGCGAAGCUGCAGGUCCUGCCUCCUGCCUGUCCAGCCUUGGAAGUGCCUCAAGUCUGUCUGUGUGCAGGCCUCGCUGCCUCCUGCCUGGUUCAUGCAUGCUGAGGGCCCAGCCAAGAGGAGGCUUGCUCCCCAGGAAGAUGGCAGCUCUUCACACGACUUCAGAUCCCUUGGCUGUCCAGCUGGAGAGGGUGGAGGACAGGGCAGAAUGUGGUACUGACCAGGAGGAAGAGGAGGAGGAGGAGGAAAAGCAGGGAGAGGUGGAAGAUUUGGAAGAGGAGGAGGUGGAAGAAGAGGAGGAAGCACAGGUUCAGAAGGUGGCAGAGGUGGAGGCCAACUUGGAGGAGGAGGUGGAGGAGGAAGAAAAAGAUAAGGGAGAGGAAGAGGAGGAAGUCCUGGCAGAGGAGCCUAGUCCUGGCUUGGAGACCCAGGAUCAACAUAGCCAUAAUGGUGACACCAAGUCCACAGUUCUUCAGAAAAAGGCCCUGCAGGCUUCCCAGCUUGUAGCUACUGCUCUAUAUGAGGAGGAUGAGGAAGAGGAAGACGUCCUGACAUCUGGGUCCCAGGGACUGGUGACGUUUGAGGACGUGGCUGUGUACUUCUCCCUGGAGGAGUGGGAGAGGCUGGAUGCAGAGCAGCGGGCCCUCUACCAGGAAGUGAUGCAGGGGAACUAUGGGAUCCUGGUGUCCCUGGGAUACCCAAUCCCCAAGCCAGAUUUGAUCUUCCGCCUGGAACAAGGGGAAGAACCUUGGGUCCCAGAUAGCCACCAUCCUGAGGAGGGUGACAUUGUCACUGGCGUCUAUACAGGAGCCUGGUACUGGACCGACGAUCUAGAGGACCACGAGGAGGAAGAGGACGAGGAUUUCUUGGCAGAAAUGGCCGAGGAGGAGAACGAGCCACCGGGGCUGUGGUCUGCAGCCUAUGGAGUGGGGGACGUGCCUGGGACCUGGGGCCCUGACGACUCGGAUUCGGGGCAGACCGUGGAGGGGUGGGGGCUGGACUCGAGUGGCCUCGGAGUCCUGGCAGACGAGGCUGGGGCAAAGCCCUUCCUGGGCCGGGAAGAGCUGGCGCCCUGGGCGUUCCCGGUGGUGGCCGCCCCAAUCGGGCGACCGGAGACCACGUGUGACGUGUGCGGCAAGGUGUUCCCACACCGGUCCAGGCUAGCCAAGCACCAGCGCUACCACGCGGCCGUCAAACCCUUCGGCUGUGACGAGUGUGGCAAGGGUUUCGUGUACCGCUCGCACCUGGCCAUCCACCAGCGCACGCACACCGGCGAGAAGCCCUUCCCCUGUCCGGACUGCGGCAAGCGCUUCGUCUACAAGUCGCACCUGGUCACGCACCGGCGCAUCCACACCGGCGAGCGGCCCUACCGCUGCGCCUUCUGCGGCGCGGGCUUCGGGCGCCGUUCCUACCUGGUCACGCACCAGCGCACGCACACGGGCGAGCGGCCCUACCCGUGCCCGCACUGCGGACGCAGCUUCAGCCAGAGCUCGGCGCUGGCGCGCCACCAGGCCGUGCACACGGCCGACCGGCCGCACUGCUGCCCGGACUGCGGCCAGGCCUUCCGCCUGCGCGCCGACUUCCAGCGCCACCGGCGCAGCGGGGGUUGCACGGAGGUCGGCGGCAGCGGCCCACCACUGGAGCCCCGCGAGGUGGCCGCCGCGCCAGGGACUGAGGAACUGGAGGCUGGGCUGGAGGAGGCUAAGGAGCCCGAGGCCAGCGCAGCGGACGGACCCCCUGAGGCUGAUGAAAGAGAGGCGGAGGCCUCUGUUCCCGAGAGCACGAAGGAGCCGGAGCCCGGCCCGCGGCCCCGGGAGGUGGACAAUGGCCUGGGAGAGCGCCAGGGCCCCUCCGCGCACCCGUUCGGCUUCCACUUUCCUGUGCACCCCAAGUCUUGGCUCCGACCCGACAGCUUCCCACUCUUGGGCCUCCCUGAGUUCGGAGAGCGGCUGCCAGCCGAUGGGCGCCCCGUGCCGGGGCCCCUGGGGGGCCCUCUGGCCCUGGUGGAGGGCGCGGGGCUGGCAUGCGGUCCUUUUGGAGGCGGCGGUGGCGGGCCCGCGGGCGGCGACCUGCGCGCGUUCGGGCCUGCCGUCGGGGGGCUGCUGGCCGAGCCGGCGCCCGCCGCGCUGGCCGAGGAGGAGAGCCCGUGGAUCUGCUCGGACUGCGGCAAGACGUUCGGCCGUCGCGCCGCGCUGGCCAAGCACCAGCGCUACCACGCGGGCGAACGACCGCACCGCUGCGCCGACUGCGGCAAAAGCUUCGUGUACGGCUCGCACCUGGCGCGCCACCGCCGCACGCACACGGGCGAGCGGCCCUUCCCGUGCCCGGAGUGUGGCGCGCGCUUCGCCCGCGGCUCCCACCUGGCGGCGCACGUGCGCGGCCACACCGGCGAGAAGCCCUUCGUGUGCGGCGUCUGCGGUGCAGGCUUCAGCCGCCGCGCGCACCUGACGGCGCACGGGCGCGCGCACACGGGCGAGCGGCCCUACGCGUGUGGCGAGUGUGGCCGGCGCUUCGGGCAGAGCGCGGCGCUGACGCGGCACCAGUGGGCGCACGCGGAGGAGAAGCCGCACCGCUGUCCCGACUGCGGCAAGGGCUUCGGCCACAGCUCGGACUUCAAGCGGCACCGGCGCACGCACACGGGAGAGAAGCCUUUCCGCUGCGCCGACUGCGGCCGCGGCUUCGCUCAGCGCUCCAACCUGGCCAAGCACCGGCGCGGGCACACGGGCGAGCGGCCCUUCCCGUGCCCCGAGUGCGGCAAGCGCUUCUCGCAGCGCUCGGUGCUCGUUACGCACCAGCGCACGCACACGGGCGAGCGGCCCUACGCCUGCGCCAACUGCGGCCGCCGCUUCUCACAGAGCUCCCACCUGCUCACGCACAUGAAGACGCACCGGGGCCCGGCUGCGCCUGGCGCUGCACCCGCGACCCCCUCGCCCAAGGCCCCGGCGUCCAAGGGGCCGGCGAGCGCGAGUCCCGGCCGGGGCCUGGGCAGCAGCGCCCUGUUGGAGUUCGCGGGCGGGACGAGCUUCGGCUCGGAGCCCGCGGCGUUCGCGGGGCCCUCGGGAGCCCAUGAGGGGAGCCCCGGGAAGGAGAGCGUCGCGUGAGGGGCCCCGGUCCGCGCUUAGCCCGACCCGGCACGGGGCGCCACCCUCGCCCCGCGGCCUCGGCUUCCCCUCUCCCUCCCGAGAUCGCGGGCUCGUGAGAAAGCAAGGGAGCGGCGGGGCCGCCCCUCGAACCGAUAGCGGCCUCCCCGGGGCCGGGCGAGGCUAUUUAUUGUGCUCGGAUCCCCAUGCGAGGCUGCAGUUGCCAACGGGGUCCAGGGCGGAAGGUCGAGGAAGAGCGGGGGUCCGCGUCGGCGGCCGAGGCCUGGUGGUUUGGGCCCCUUCCCCCGUUCCCCGGCUGGAGUCGAGGGCCCUUGGGCGUCGGCGGGCCCGGGAAGCUUUGGGAACGCCAGGCCAGGCUCUGGUGGCAAGGGCUUUGGUCUCAGUUCUCUAGGCCCUUCCGUCAUUUGCCCCUGGUGGCCAGCGGUGGAGGCACACUCGGGGGAGGGGGGUGGGGGAGCCCCAUCGUCGUUGCCUGAACUGCCCCCUCCUGCAGCGGGCGGACACGCGGGGCGCCACGCCUCGGAGCCCAGUGCUUACUUGGCUUUCACUGCCCGGAACGGGUCCACCCAGCGCCCGGACCUCGCGACCCGCGGAGAUCCUCUAGCUACUUCUGCUGUCGUCCGCACUCCGUUCCUGCCCCGCUGGGGGCCGGGCCGUGGCUGGCCACACCCGAGGGAGUGGCCCGAGCAGCCAGCGAUGCACGCCCGGCCCGGUGGACGCAGCCCCGGCCGGCUCGGACGACCUCGCGCUGCGCUUUUUGGGCCAGGGAAGUGAGGGUUGGAAGCACUGCGUUCCCCUUUAGAGCUAGUUCCUUUUGUGUUAGAGUAGACGCGGCCGCAGGCCGGUCGGUGCGGUGGUGGCGGGGUGGUGGGUUGGGAGGAGGGCGGGGGGUCUCGGGGUGAAGGCCUCCUCGACCCAGGCCUUGCCUUCCCCAUGUCUUCUGGGACACGAGCCUCAGAAGGAGCCAAAGCGGGGUCGGGGGAGCCCCGCCCCGCCCUUCCCCACCCCUCGGCCCCCGGUUACUUCUGCCCUGCCCUGCCCUGCAGCAGUCGGCAGGACCUAGCUUUAAUAAAGACGGAGAAAUGAGCUUCUCGACUGGACUCUGCUGUUGCCGCCCCUUGAACCUGUCUGCGGCUCCGUGCGGCCUCGAGCCCGCCUUGUUUCUGCGAAGGGCUUUUGCUGCUCCAGAAUACAGGUGGCCUUGAGCGUUCAGCUUCACCUUCUGGUGCUCUGUUCAUCAGGUUGUCCUCUUGCCAGACCUCAUCUAAAAAGAGGCAAAACGAACCAACUUUAGUACAUCUCCCCACACAAGACAUACUGAGGCUGGAACAUAGCAUUUCAUUUCAAGGUAAUUCCUGGACAGAUGAACAGUUUCCAAGUGCCUUCCUCUUCUUUUUUUUUUGUU